AUGAUUUCCACCGGCAUACUCUUUAAGAUGCUGCUGCUGACCUCAAUUCUGGCGCAGAUGGCGCACGCCCUGCCGCAGCGUAUCCGUCGCGAAGCUUCCAAACCAUUGUUUGCGGACCCGCUGGUGGCGGACGGCAAGGGGGAAGGGGCCGCAGAUGCGACCAGCAGCUCCAGCGAGCUGGUCCGGACGACGCAGGGUUCGGCGAGGACGCAGCGGAGUUACUACGGCGGUGGUUCCAGCGAGCGCCUGUUCGAUCUAGGUCUGCUGGGCAAACCGUACUAUUCGGGUAACCGGGGAUACUAUCCGUCGGGGGGUUACUACCCACAGGGAGGCUACUAUCCACAGGGAGGCUACUACCCACAGGGAGGCUAUUAUCCGCAAUCGGGAUAUCCCAGCUCCGGCUACUACCCGGGCACCAACACCCUUGGAGUUGGAUCCUACGGAGGCGGUUCCGGAGUCUACGGUGGCUAUGGAGGCUACGGCGGAUUCGGAGGUAACGGAGGGCUGCAGUCCUACUAUGGCUACAACAAUGACAACUACUAUGGCAACCGCAACCUGGGCUACGGCUACUACGGUGGCUCUUCACCGUCCACCUACGUAGGCUCCACCCUGGUCUCCGGUUUCCGUGGUUACAACUAA